UUCCCCCACCACCAUCCCCAUGAAAUUUCUAGCCUUUCCAUCCAAUCCAAUCUCCCCCAAUUUAAACCCCCCAGAUGGAAACGAGAUCCACAGCCGCAUUCGACCCACCCACCAUUAAUCCAUACCCACUUUUCUUAAACCCUAUCUUCUCUUUUCUUCUCCCUCUUUCUCAAAUGGCGGUCGAGACUCCUCUGCUCGACCCGCCUCCCCCCGCAACCCGCCGGCAGCAAUGCGGCCUCAUACUCUCUUCUCUACUCAUUUUCUCAGUGGGUCUCCUAGCAUUUUCCGGCCACCGGAGCCAGCAGUCGCCACCCAUCUCUCCUGGAGCUGACCACCACCGGACGCCGCCGGCGAGAGGAGUCAGGGAAGGGGUGUCGGCGAAGUCGAGCCCGGGAUUCGUGGGAGAAGAAGAAGAAAGGGUUUCGUAUAACUGGACCAACGCCAUGUUCACCUGGCAGAGAACUGCCUACCACUUCCAGCCACAGCGUAAUUGGAUGAACGUUUCACUAGCUCCAAAAGAAAGGGACGGAAGGAAGAAGAAACGCUGCUAUUGGUCAAUUAUUUGUGAGAGGUUGCUGUUCCCUGUGGGGAUUGAACUGUACUGAUAUCAAUUGCUUUUUGUCGUCUUGUGCUGGUUGAUUCGACGGCUGCGAUUGAAUGGUUGGGUAUCCUUCUCCAGAUCCUGACGGCCCAUUGUAUCACAAAGGCUGGUACCACAUCUUCUACCAAUACAACCCGGACUCCGCCGUUUGGGGCAACAUCACGUGGGGUCACGCCGUCUCCCGCGACUUGAUCCAUUGGCUUCUCCUCCCGUUAGCCCUCGUCCCCGACCGCUGGUACGACGUUAACGGCGUUUGGACGGGUUCCGCCACCCGCCACCCGGACGGCAACAUCUACAUGCUCUACACCGGCAGCACAGGUAAUCUCACCCAGGUCCAAAACCUCGCCCACCCGGCCGACCCGUCCGACCCGCUCCUGCUCCACUGGGUGAAGAACGCGGCCAACCCGGUCCUGCUCCCGCCGCCUGGAAUUGGGCCGAAGGAUUUCCGUGACCCGACGACCGCGUGGCUGGGCCCGGAUGGGCUGUGGCGGGUCGCGAUUGGGUCCAGGGUCGAGAAGUUGGGCCUCACGCUCGUUUACAAGACCAGGGAUUUUCUGAGCUACGAGCUGCUGGAUCAUUACCUGCACUCGGUUCCGGGUACGGGUAUGUGGGAGUGCGUGGACUUUUUCCCGGUGGCGGUCAACGGGACGAAGGGGCUCGACACGUCGGCGGCCGGGGAAGGGAUCAAGCAUGUGCUGAAGGCGAGCUUGGACGAUACGAAGCUGGAUCAUUUCGCCGUUGGGACGUACGAUCCGGUGGAGGAUUUGUGGACGCCCGAUGACCCGAAAAACGACGUGGGAAUCGGGUUGAAGUACGAUUACGGAAGGUAUUAUGCUUCCAAGACGUUUUAUGAUCAGGAGAAGGAGAGGAGGAUACUGUGGGGUUGGAUUAACGAGACUGAUACUGAAUUCGAUGACCUCAAAAAGGGCUGGGCUUCCCUGCAGACGAUUCCGAGGACGGUGGUGCUGGAUGGCAGGACGGGAGCGGAUUUGCUGCAGUGGCCGGUGGAGGAGAUUGAGAGCUUGAGGCUGAGGAGUUACUGUUUUGAGGACGUUUUGGUUGGUCCUGGUUCUGUCGUCCCGCUACACAUAGGCUCUGCAACGCAGAAUUCGAUUCCAUUGCAGCUGGAUAUAAUGGCGGAGUUUGAAGUGGAGCUGAUAUCAGGGAAGAAAACCGACGAGGAGAACAGUUGCGACGGCGGCGCAGCGGAGAGAAGCAGCUUGGGACCGUUCGGGAUUCUAGCUCUGGCGGAUGCGUCGCUGUCGGAGCUCACCUCUGUUUUCUUCCGGCCAGUGCAAACCUCUGCCGACGCCGUCACAACUUACUUCUGUACAGACCAAACCAGAUCAUCUUUGGCACCAGACGUGUUCAAGGUCGUGUACGGUAGCUCGAUUCCGGUGGUGGGCGACGAGAAGCUGCAGAUGAGAGUGCUGGUGGAUCAUUCGAUCGUGGAGAGCUUCGGGCAGGGAGGGAGGAGAGUGAUCUCGUCCAGAGUUUAUCCAACCAAGGCCAUCUAUGGAGACGCCAGGCUCUUCUUGUUUAACAAUGCCACGGAUGUCAAUGUGAAGGUGAAGCUCAAGAUUUGGGAGAUGAACUCGGCUUUCAUUCGCCCUUACACCCACUAGACCAAUUGUGAUUAACUUCUUGUUUAUGGAUUUUAGUGGCCAAAAGCAGCUAGCUAAUUGUUGUACUAUUACCUGCAUAUAUAUAUAUACACCUCCCCAGAAACUGAGGUUUGAUUAUUCAGCUGAUUGGCCAACCAUCUUCAACUUCAAAUGUAACAGAAGAACCACCUCAGUAUUGUUCUGUUACAUCGACAAAAUCGUUAUACAAUCUACUGUCCAAAUUCCAUUUUACUAACCAAGAUUAUUACCGUUUCCAUGCUCAAAUUGCUGCGGAUUUCGAUCAUCUGUAUCUUGCUUUUCAGACCCUGCCCUGUAUCGUCCGUAUAAGUGAGAAGCAAAUCCCCAGAGGCACAACGCCAACGCCAUUCCCUUCUCGGCGUCAAACCCUUCACGCAAGAAAAUCACGGCGGAGACUUGUCGAACCGGGACUAGAAGACUGGUGACGAUGCCAGCCACUAGGGACGAAGAACACAGAACCAAUCCAAGGCUCCCAAUUAUCAUAACCUGAAGUCCAAUGGCUGCUAGAACUACAAUCAUGUAGUACUUCUUCUCCCCGAGGCCGAAUUCUGCUGCUUCCCUGGCUAGAUUCUGAAAGUCACCAUUGAUGAUCAUGGGGACGGCGCAGAAGAGGGUAGCAACCAUGGAUAUGACGAGCUGGACCUGCAACACGACGUCGUAAUCGACGGGGACACGAGCCUUCCCCUGAGUAUACUGAAGCAGAGUCAUGAACAGAGCAUGAGUGGCAGAGGCGGCAAUGGUCAUGAAGAAGCCCAACGCGUAUUUACCCUUCGAUUCCCCCUUGGGGAUGUCGCCGUCCAUGUGGAAUCCGAUGACCGCCGAGCCCAGCGUCAUCAAAACGACGGCGUUCACGGUGUAGUGGCUGAACCGCUGCUUCACUAUGAGGAAAGCGAAGGCGGCGGUGAAUGCCAGCUGGGAAGAGCCGACGAGGGAAGCGACGGAGACGGGGAGGUAGGCGGUGCCGAAGGAGUAGAGGUAACUGUUGAAGCCCAAUAGGAGGCCCAAAAGCCCACUCGCGGCGGCGAGCCGGGCCGGGAUGAGGAAACGGCGGCGUUUGUAGGAGACGGCGAUGGGGAGGAUUAGGAUUGGGAAGCCGGCGGUUACCGUGAAGGCUGAGAGCCACCGCUUGUGGCCGCCGUGGAGGAAGUACAUUCUGGAGAGGAGUUGGCCGCCAACUGCGCCGACGGCGAGUAGCGAGCAGUUUAGGAGGACGAGAAGUGUGUUUCUUCUUUCCUCGUGAUGUUUGCUUGCUUCUUCGUCCAUGUUAGCGUUUUUUGGUGAGAGCUCUGUAUCCCAUGGGAUGGAAACAGG